UGCGAUAGUAUUGUACGGCCAGAUAGUUAACUAAUCUAGUUUAUAAGUGACAGUCAGUGACGAGUCAGUGGGGGAGUGAGUGCGUAAGUGGGGAGUCAGUCAGUCAGUCAGUCAGUCAGACAGAUGAUAGUAAGUUGGCCCUCUGGGACCAGCAAAAUGUGGCGACAGAAUAUUCCAUCAUUUGUUCCCUGCACCGUUCUUGUUGAAAGCAUAAACCUCCAAUAUAUCCAGCUUCCGAGGUAUUAUAUUCAUUAGGCUGAGCAUUUGUUUUCAAAAUCAAAACGUAAUAGUAUGUCGUUUUGCUGCUUUUAGGUCUCCGAUGUUGAUUCACCUCUCCCUUUGGUGAUAUUGAAACUGGUAUCACGGUCCUCUGCGCUGUACUUUAAUUCAUUGAGAUGGCGUGCUCGUAUUCCUUGAGGCCUUUGCGCUCCAUACCCGAUCUCAUCCCUGCUUGCAUCAAGAUCUUAAAGGAUGAAUGGCCGCAAUGCAAGGCGGAACUUCUACCGAAGCUGGUCAAGCAAGAACUCACCACUGCGCCAUGUUCGUAUGGAUUGGUCGAGCACCCAGACGACGCACGUGAUAAGGCAAUCCUAGUGGGUCAUUUCCGUUUCAUCCCCGUCAUCAACAGGGAGCGGGCGCUGUACGCAGAGGGCUUGUGUGUGGAUAAGGCGCAAAGGGGGCGGGGCCUGGGUGGGAAGGCGAUUGCGUUAAGGGAGGAGUUGCUUGCAGAGAUGGGAUACGCGGAGUUACACAUAUGUACUUAUCCCCAUCGCAAAGAUUACUACCUUAGUCGGUCUUUUUCCAUCUGUGAUGAGGCGCCGCACACUUUGGGAGCCAACCUGCUUCACACCAGUCGUGCUUUGGGAACCGCUCCCUGUUUCGUCAGUUGGCAUGGCAACGUCCUGUAUCCAGGGUGGGAGUCAGAGUACGAGGGCGGCGCCAUAGCAACACAGAAAGAAGUAGCGGACGGGGAUAGUGGUGUGUAUUUUGUAAAGAAGAUAAGUGGCUAAAAGUCUGCAUUAUAUUAGCUCGACAGGACCUUGGGGUAGGGAACCAGGCAUGAAACUGCCUUGGCCUAUGGAGUCCUAUUCGGUCGGUAACUGUCAACUGAUUCCAUAGGAUCAAUUUCUUUUGUUUCCUUUUUGUCGUUUGAAGCAAAACAAUAUUUUAUCGUCUAUUUUAU